UCCUGUGCCACUCAGUCUAAAGCCAGAGGCUGGAAGACCUUGGGAGACCUCGUCUUCUACCAGGCCCUCCUGAUGGCUUUAGGAGACAAUUGCAUGCAAGUCCAGUGAAGACACCAUGUUUCCUGGGAGGAGGAACCACAUUCUCCAUCUAAUGCCAGGAGGAUGGGUGGUACCACUGAUGCCAACCAGAGAACAGGGCUCUGAGAAGAGAGAACCCAGAGAGAUUCAUGGUUUGACAGAAGAGCUGGGAAAGUGAGGACAGAGACAAGGAUGAAGAUGGAACCACCCUGUGUGUAUUCUAUGUUACCUUGGACAAGCCAUUUACCUCACUGGACCUCUGUUUCCUCCCUACACUGCUGACUUCAUAGCUAAUGUGUGUGAAGGAGGGGGAGGAGGAAGAGGAGGAGGAGGUGAAGACAAUGACAAUGAAAAGAGACAGCCUGCCACCCCUUGGGAAAGAGACCCUGUGAGAUGCAAGCCUUCAGAAUCUGGGAUGUCAACCAGAAGACCUUCUACCUGAGGAAUAACCAACUAGUUGCUGGCUACUUGCAAGGACCAAAUACUAAAUUAGAAGAGAAGAUAGAUGUGGUGCCCAUCCUGCCCCACGCUAUGUUCCUGGGGAUCCAUGGGGGGAAGCUGUGCCUGGCCUGUGUCAAGUCUGGUGAUGAGAUCAAGCUCAGGUUGGAGCCGGUGAACAUCACUGACCUGAGCAAGAACAGGGAGGAGGACAUGCGCUUCGCCUUCAUCCGCUCCGACGACGGCCCCACCACCAGUUUUGAGUCGGCCGCCUGCCCCGGCUGGUUCCUCUGCACAGCGCUGGAGGCCGACCAGCCUGUGGGCCUCACCGACAGGCCCAAGGAGGCCAUCAAGGUCACCAAGUUCUACUUCCAGCAGGACCAGUAGUGGUGCUCAGCCUCCCUUGGCCCCGCUCCCAGCACAUCCAUGACUCCAGAGACGCCUCUCCAUCCUGCCUGGGGUCUCCUGGUUGUCGCGGGGCUCAGCAGAGUGGCCUUGGCCGAGGGGACCCUCGGAGGGAGAGACAAGAGCCCUGGGAAGAGGACUCUGUCUCCAGCCUCCUCCGCUCACCCAGCCUCUAUGCUGCCUCCAUGAGGCCUUUCUAAAGUGCAGAUGGAACCAUAGCCCUGCUCAAAGCCCUCAGGGUCGCCUUUGCCUUUCGGGAUAAAGUCCAGGCCCCCUGGCCAGUCCUGGCUCCUCCUCCUCCCUCACUCCAUCUGCAGGCCCCAGAUCCCUCAGGUCACUCACUGACGUUCCCGCAAGGGGCUCCUCUUCCUCCUUUUGCAAACUGGUGCUGCUCCAGGGGCAAGAUUUUUAGAGUCUGUGGCAAAAUGGAAAAUAAGGAUUUCCUGGUAUUUUUCUGAAUUAAGCCAACUUUGAAGGAGAGCCCUUUAUUUGGAGAUGAUGUCCUUUCUGGAAGGGGGCAGAAGAUUAAAAUAGUCCUAUCUUUAGGAAAUGAUGGUGAAAGGCGGUGAUAGCUUUUCCUUUUUUCUUUCUUAUUUUUGUGAUGCCCUAACCUGUAAAAAAUGAAAAAUUAGUGGACUAGGUUGGUCCCCUAGUUGUUUCCUUUCUGGAAUGCUCUUGGAAGUCUAGACCCCUUGGCCCAGGCCCCAAGCGCCCUCUCCACUCCAGACCUCCUGCACAUCCCUGCAGUGCUGUCCUCUCCCCCGCCCUCCCAUCAGCAUCCCCAGCUCCCAAGACACAGCACAAAUAUGACUUCUCCUGACCUCCUGGGAGGAAUGAAUCGCUCCUUGACCAUUUUAGCACCUCCGACACUCUGAGACUUUUUUGGAAGAUGUUGUGCCUCUGUCUGUCUCCCCACCAGCCCGGGAGCCUCUGAGAGCAGGUCUCAGGUCGCCACAGGGCUGAUCACAGGGCCUGGCCCUCAGCAGGUGCUCCGUGAAUGGGUGUUGUCUGUGUUGAGUGGAAAGUUUCCUAGUCUCUGUGACUUAAGCUUUGUUUUACAAUAAAACCUUGAAC